AAGCGAUGGUAACCAAGCAAAAUGGCACAGUGCCGCGUAUUCCGUCUUCUGGGCCGACCGAGUCACAGUCCGACGUCGCAUGGGUUGCUCGCCGUAUUUCGCCGUUACUGGGACACAUCCGUUACUCCCGCUCGACAUCUCCGAGGCCACGUACCUGCUUCCUCCACCCAAAUCCGUCCUUUCCACCACAGAUCUCAUCGCCCGCCGUGCAAUCGCCCUUCAAAAGCGUCGUUCCCA